AAGACAUGGCUACUUAAUCUCACAACACUCACAAAAAUUCCAUAGAGUUGUACAAGAAAAUAGAUUUAUAUAUAGAUCACAAAAAUGAGAAUAACUUUGUUAUUCGACACAUUCUUCCUUGGGCUAAUUGUAACAACCCUUGUUGGCCAUUGUUAUGGGCAUGGAGGGCUGAAAUUUGGGUACUACAAAGGCAAGUGUGGGAAACAUGAUGUUGAGAAACUCAUUUAUAAUGUAGUUAAGGAGAAGAUUGCGCAUGAUCCUGAUGUUGUGUCUGAUCUUGUUCGUAUGUCAUUCCAUGACUGUUUUGUUAGGGGUUGUGAUGCUUCCGUUUUACUUGAGGGCAAAAAUACAGAGCUAACAGCACGACCAAAUAAAGGUUUAGGAGGAAUUAAGCUCGUAAGUGCUAUUAAAGAUGUUGUUGAAAAAGUUUGUCCAGGAGUUAUUUCAUGUACGGAUAUCAUUGUUUUAGGUGCUCGAGAUGCCAUUUUCUUGGCUGGUGGGAAAUGGUAUGAAGUAGAAACAGGAAGAAGAGAUGGACGUGUUUCACUCGCAAGUGAAGCAGAAGCUAUCCUCCCUCCACCAGGAAUUCCGAUACAUAAAGCUAUUGAAUUGUUUGCUAAGAAAGGGUUAAACAAGGAAGAUUUUGUUAUUCUUAUGGGUGGACAUACAGUUGGAACUGCACAUUGUCCCACGUUUAAGGAACGUCUACAUAACUUUCGAAACACAAACAAAGCCGAUCCAACCAUGGCUCCCACUCUCCUCCAUCUCUUGAAGAAAACAUGUCCUCUUAAUAGUGUAUCCGACAAGGAAGCAUACCUUGAUCAAACUCCAGGGAGUCACUUCAAGAUUGAUAAUGCCUACUACAAACAAAUACUUGUACACAAAGGAGUUUUAGAGGUUGAUCAAAAUUUAGCAUUAAGUCCUUUGACAAGAGGGGAUGUUAAGGGACUAGCUUACUAUCCUCAUGACUUUUUUAAUAAAUUUGGUCCAGCUAUGGUUAAAAUGUCCAAAAUUGGAGUCCUUACGGGCAGUCAUGGAGAGAUUAGAAAAAAGUGUGGUUAUGUUAAUUAAGGUGUCAUCGAUGUUUUUUUUAUUUAUUCAUGUUUACAGUCAAAUCGUCCGUUUGUUAUAAUCUUUUGAGGUUUAUUAAGGUUAAAAAAAGAGGUGAAGAGAUUUUCUCAAAAAAGUUUUGAGAGAUCGUCUAAACCUUGGAUAAUAUGAUUUUGAACCAAAAAUUAUGUGACUAGUCCAUUAUUACCUCAAUAUAUCAUUAAUUUUCCUUUAGUUUAAAUUUGUUGUAUUUUUGAAUAAAACGUAAAAUUAAUUGUGUAUACAUUUGUGGCUUAUUUGAUACAUUGAAUCAAGAUUGUCUUGUCAAA